AUGGCCAUGUCACAACAAGACGAAGAAAGACUACAAGAAGAAUCCCUUGAACAAGUUCAAGAAACUCUUGAUAAAGGUGACGAGGAUGAGGAUGAAGAAAAAUUGUUUGAAGAAUUAGAAAAGGACGACGAUUCUGUGAUUGCAAAUCUUCGCGAACGAAGGAUGGAACAACUGAAACAAGAGUAUGCGUCUGAAAAAUUAUAA